AUGUCAGGGCCGACUCCAGCCAUUCAACAUGCUAUUAAUGCAGUUCCACUUCGUUACCGGGGGCCGGGAGGUGCUUUGGCGGUCGUCAAGGAUGGCCAGGUCAUCGGCAAACGAGUCUGGGGAUAUGCCGACCAAUCUCGUCGCAUCCCGGUCGACUCGUCGACACGCUUCCCAAUAUGCUCCAUCACCAAGCAAUUCGUCUGUGGAUUGCUGGUCGAUUUGCAACGUCAUCCCACCCCGGCCAUGGCCGCCAAGGGAGACGUGCAGAAACAGUUCGCCGACACGCUCAAUGAAAUGCUUCCCUUGGCCCGAGAGGGGCUGACGGUCCAGAACUUGUGCGAUAUGCAGUCGGGCAUUCGUGAUUACUGGGCUUUGACCACUCUCUGGGGGGCCAAACCAGACGAUGAAUUCUUGAUCGAUCGGGAUUGCCCUCCCAUGCUCGAAAAGACCAAAUCCUUCCACUUCACGCCGGGCACGGAGUACUCAUACUCGAAUGUCAAUUUCUAUCUGCUGGGGCGCAUCAUCGAGCGUGUGACGGGCGAGUCACUGGGGAAGCUACUGGAAGAGCGCAUUCUCAAGCCAGCGGGCAUGUCCACGGCGUUCUUGUGUCCCAACACAGCGCAUCAUCCACCCCCCUGUGUCGGUUAUGAGGGCAACGAGGAUCUUGGCUUUUUCGAUGCAGUCAAUCGCAUGGAGUGGUCUGGUGACGCGGGACUGGUGGCUUCCCUGGAGGAUAUGAUUGCCUAUGAAAAGUAUCUCGACCAGCUUUACGCUGAUCCAUCGAGCUGGUAUCAUAAAACGGCAAAGCUCACCACCUUCAGCGAUGGGAACACCGCCAGGUACCACUUCGGGCUCGGCCAUGUGGAUGUGAACGGGGUGGAAUCGAUCGGUCAUGGAGGGGCGCUGAGAGGCUAUCGGCUGCACCGGCGACAUGUGCCUGAACAGCAUCUGUCGGUCGUGGUCAUGUUCAAUCACGAGGCAGAUGCGGCCGCAGCGGUGGAUGAUAUCCUCCGCACCGUGCUCAACCGACCAACCGCUGAAAGCACCCCAGUGGAGCCUGCUCCGGCGUGGUACGGUGCCUAUCUGGACGAGGCCACACAGCUGGCCGUCACUGUAGCCAAGAGUCGGCGUCCGGGUGAGGUUCUCAUUACGUACGGUGCCCAUCUAGAGUCCGCGCCACUCAAAAUGACGGAUGCGACGAGCGGGAAGUCCCGCUCCAUGACGGGCUCCAUUAGCGGAGAUACUUUGCAAAUCCAUCGCAUUUCAGAGAACCGGAAGCUCAAUGCUCGCCGACUAGUCCCGCUCGACAGCGGUCUCGUUGAUCCGAAGCUGGCGGGUGCUUACUACUGUGAUGAGAUCGAGUCUACUUUCUACUGCACGGGUGAAGCGGGGAUGUUUUACGGGACAUUUGACGGAUAUUUAGGUAAUGGAAUUGUGACGUCGAUGAGGUAUCUUGGUGACGAUGUAUGGGCUUUGGGCUGUCCUCGUGGCUUGGAUGCCUCGGCGCCGGGGGAUUGGACGAUGGUCUUCCAGCGCGAUGAGAGUGGCACGGUUUCUGGCUUCAAGAUUGGGUGCUGGCUUGCUAGAGGACUUGAUUUUGUCAAGUUGAAGUGA